AUGUCUAAAGCAAUGAAGCUUAAUGAAAAGUUUCUUAUCACUCUCUCACUGACUCAAAUGCCUUUAUAUAUCUCUAUCAAUGAAAGUCCUCAGCAGAGUAUGACAACAGAAGAUGAGUAUCAGCAUUUCAAUGUAAAAGAACUCAUAGAAGCUCUUCGCGAAGCCAGGAUGAAUUUCAUCAUCUUCAAAUUCAAUUUCUCAGAAGACACUGCAGGUGAGUGUGCCAGCUCUGAGCAAGAUAAAGAUAAUUGA